AUGAAAGAGUCUGCAUGGGCAACAUUAUUUGUUGGAACAUUAGUUGCUUAUGGUGUUUUAAAUCGUCCAAAGAGUACCAUUAUAAAUGAUAUAAGAGAUCUCAUUAGCCAUAAGAACAUCACCAAUAAUAAUGAAAUUACAAAACAGAACUCUGUAGACGAUACAAAAGCGACAACUGUGAUUUUGGCAACACCAAACAAUCAAUUACCUACUUUAAGCAUAGAUAAUUUAUCCAAUGUCGAUAGUAGUCUACAAAUAUUUGAUAAAAAUAAUACAAUCAAAAGAAGAGUAUUUUUUAGUUAA